AAAUAGUAUCAUUCAUUCAAGUUAAUUCAAGCCUGCGGUCAUUAUAGCAGCUGCAGAGUUUUCCCACGUAGGAACUAUCGAGUCUCCGCUUUGUCUCUGCGAUUGCGUAAUGUUCAUCCAGCCUGUGUGAAUGCAUCAGUCCUGCAGGCAGUGCUCCUGCAGAGCGAGCCUGCGCAGGUGAGGUGUUUACUGUGCCGAGGUCAGUGGCCUUGUUCUGCGGCACCAACCGACAGGACACUUACCCUGAAACACUCUGACCCAGAGUUCCGACCAAGCCCAGCUCUGAUCGAUACCCGCAUGUGAAACGCACCCGAGGCCGCUCUGCUCCACAGACAAGCCUCCAGCAACGGCCAGGACGCGACGACUGAACCAAGGCUUCUCCUCGAAGGCAAACGCGUAGAUCAGCCGACAUGCCGACUGGAUCAGUCAAACUGCAGAGCAUCAAGAAACUGGGACAUGAAAACCACAGCUAUGUGGCGUCGGACGACGGACCAGCUGGAUCCUACAUGACUAUGACUAACCAAGCCAAGAAGAAUGAGAAAGCUCAGGGAGACGCGCAGAAGCCAGCCAUCAGGGUCGGCUUCUUUCAGCUGUUCCGCUUCGCCACGUCCAAGGACGUGCUGAUGAUGGCGGUGGGCAGCGUGUGCGCGGUGGUGCACGGCUCGGCCCAGCCCCUCAUGCUGCUGGUGUUCGGCCUGCUCACGGACACCUUCAUCGAGUACGACCUGGAGCUCAACGAGCUGAGCGACGGCAGGAAGGAGUGCGUCAACAACACCAUCCAGUGGAAGAACUCCACGGCGGCCUGGGCGAACCUGUCGUACCCCUGGGAGGCGCCGGCGCCGCUGAACGCCACCCCGUGUGGGCUUCUCGACAUUGAAUAUGAAAUGACCAAAUUCGCCUACUAUUACGUUGGAAUUGGAGCAGCUGUAUUUGUCCUGGGAUACUGUCAGAUCUCCCUGUGGGUGACGGCCGCCGCCAGGCAGGUUCGGCUCAUCAGGAAAAUCUACUUCAGCAAAGUGAUGAGGAUGGAGAUCGGCUGGUUCGACUGCACCUCCGUGGGGGAGCUCAACACCCGCAUGUCCGACGAUAUCAACAAGAUCAACGACGCCAUCGCAGACCAGGUCGGGAUUUUCCUGCAGAGGUUCACCACCUUCGUGUGCGGCUUCUGCGUUGGAUUCGUGAAAGGAUGGAAGUUAACGCUGGUGAUCGUCGCAGCGAGUCCUCUGAUUGGUCUUGCUACUGGCCUCAUGGCUCUGUCGGUGGCCAAACUGACAGGCAUGGAGCUGCAGGCCUAUGCUAAAGCUGGAGCGGUAGCAGAUGAGGUCCUCUCUUCCAUUAGGACGGUAGCUGCGUUUGGUGGGGAGAAAAAAGAAGUGGAAAGAUACGACAGGAACCUGAGCUCAGCCCAACUGUGGGGAAUCAGGAAAGGCCUGAUAAUGGGCAUCUUUAACGGAUACAUGUGGCUGAUUAUCUUCCUGUGCUACGGCCUGGCCUUCUGGUAUGGCUCCACUCUGGUGCUGGACACAGAGGAAUACACACCAGGAACACUCCUGCAGGUGUUCUUUGGUGUUCUCAUCGCAGCCAUGAAUCUGGGGCAGGCCUCUCCCUGUCUGGAGGCGUUCGCUUCAGGCCGUGGCGCGGCUACAAACAUCUUCGAGACUAUUGACAGGGAGCCGGAGAUCGACUGUUUAUCUGAGGCUGGAUAUAAGCUGGACAGAGUCAAAGGAGAUAUUGAGUUUCACAAUGUGACCUUCUACUAUCCCUCCAGGCCUGAAGUCAAGAUCCUGGACCAGCUCAGCAUUUCAGUGAAGCCCGGGGAGACCACGGCCUUUGUCGGUCCCAGUGGAGCCGGGAAGAGUUCGGCCAUUCAGCUAAUCCAGCGCUUCUAUGACCCGAAGGAGGGCAUGGUGACCCUGGACGGUCAUGACAUUAGAGGACUGAACAUCCAAUGGCUGCGCUCGCUUAUCGGGAUAGUGGAGCAGGAGCCGGUGCUGUUUGCCACCACCAUCGCAGAAAACAUACGCUACGGUCGACCCGGCGUCUCCAUGGACGACAUCAUCGCUGCUGCCAAGGAAGCCAACGCCUACAGCUUCAUCAUGGACUUGCCGCAGAGGUUCGACACGCUGGUCGGGGAGGGUGGGGGUCAGAUGAGCGGAGGCCAGAAGCAGCGCAUCGCCAUUGCUCGAGCGCUGGUCAGGAACCCUCGCAUCCUGCUGCUGGACAUGGCAACCUCUGCCCUCGACAACGAGAGCGAGGCCAUCGUUCAAGAAGCCCUGGAUAAAGUCCGUAAGGGUCGCACCACCAUCUCCAUCGCCCACCGACUGUCCACCAUCAAGAACGCCGACGUGAUCGUGGGUUUCGAGCAUGGCCGCGCCGUGGAGAGGGGCAAACACAACGAGCUGCUGGAGAGGAAGGGCGUCUACUUCACUCUCGUCACCCUGCAGAGUCAAGGAGACAAGGCUCUGAAUGAGAAGACGCGGCAAGUGACUGACGAUGACGAAGAAUCCGAGGGGCUCCGUUUAUCCAAAGCUGGCAGCUACCGAGCCAGUUUGAGAGCUUCACUUCGAGAGCGCUCCCGAUCCCAGAUGUCCAACGCCAUCCCAGACUCCUCUGCUUCCAUCACUGGCCCCACAAGCUACGCUGAUCUAAAUGCAGACAAAUCCCAGAAUGCUGCACCGGAUGACGACGAACUGGUGGCACCUGCUCCAGUUGCCAGGAUCUUGAAGUACAACCUGCCUGAGUGGCCCUACAUGCUUUUUGGAUCGCUGGGCGCUGCGCUGAACGGAGGGGUCAACCCCUUCUACUCUCUUCUGUUCAGUCAAAUCUUGGCGACAUUCUCACUAACAGAUCCCGUGGCUCAGAGGAAGGAGAUUGAUAGCAUCUGCGUGUUCUUUGUCGUGGUCGGCGUGGUCUCUUUCUUCACCCAGACGCUGCAGGGCUAUGCCUUCUCCAAGUCUGGGGAGCUGCUGACGCGCCGGCUGCGGCGCCUUGGCUUCCAGGCCAUGCUGGGCCAGGAGAUCGGCUGGUUCGACGACCACAGGAACAGCCCCGGAGCGCUCACCACUCGCCUGGCCACCGACGCCUCGCAAGUUCAGGGGGCUACAGGUUCUCAGAUCGGUAUGAUCGUCAACUCCCUGUCCAACAUCGGCGUGGCCGUCAUCAUGUCCUUCUACUUCAGCUGGAAGCUCACGCUGCUGAUCUUGUGUUUUCUGCCCUUCAUUGCGUUGUCGAGCGGCUUCCAGGCCCGCAUGCUGACGGGCUUCGCCAAGCAGGACAAGCAGGCCAUGGAGGACGCUGGGCAGAUUUCCGGCGAGGCCCUGAACAACAUCCGCACCAUCGCGGGCCUGGGGAAGGAGCGCGUGUUCAUGGACAUGUACGAGGCCCACCUACAUGCGCCGUACCGAGCGGCCCUGAAGAAGGCCAACGUGUACGGCGUCUGCUACAGCUUCGCCCAGUGCGUUAUCUUCAUGACCAACGCCGGCUCCUACAGGUUCGGCGGCUACUUGGUGCGACAGGAGGGCCUCCACUUCAGCCUGGUGUUCAGGAUCAUCUCAGCCAUUGUUACCAGUGGCACAGCCCUGGGCAGAGCCUCCUCCUACACCCCAGACUAUGCCAAGGCCAAGAUCUCAGCGGCGCGCUUCUUCCAGCUGCUGGACCGCGUGCCUCGCAUCAGCGUGUACAGCCACCAGGGGGAAAAAUGGGAAAACUUCCAAGGGAACCUGGAGUUCAUUGACUGCAAGUUCACCUACCCCACCAGACCGGACAUCCAGGUCCUGAAUGGGCUGAACGUGUCGGUGAAGCCGGGCCAGACUCUGGCCUUCGUUGGCAGCAGCGGCUGUGGGAAGAGCACCAGCGUGCAGCUGCUGGAGCGGUUUUACGACCCAGACCACGGCAAAGUGCUGAUUGACGGCCGCGACUCGACCCGCGUCAGCGUGUCCUUCCUGCGCUCCAAGAUUGGCAUCGUGUCCCAGGAGCCCGUCUUGUUCGACUGCAGCAUCGCCGAGAACAUCAAGUACGGCGACGCCUCCAGGGAGAUCGGCAUGAGCGAGGUCACGGCCGCCGCCAAGAAGGCCCAGCUCCACGACUUCGUCAUGGGGCUUCCUGAGAAAUAUGAAACCAACGUGGGUGCUCAGGGCUCGCAGCUGUCCCGCGGCCAGAAGCAGCGCAUCGCCAUCGCCAGGGCCAUCAUCCGCGACCCCAAGAUCCUGCUGCUGGACGAGGCCACCUCCGCCCUGGACACGGAGAGCGAGAAGACCGUGCAGGACGCGCUGGACAAAGCCAGGGAGGGCCGGACCUGCAUCGUCAUCGCCCAUCGCCUGUCCACCAUCCAGAACUCCGACAUCAUCGCCGUCAUGUCCAGGGGCUUCGUGAUCGAGAAGGGGACGCACAACCAGCUCAUGGCCCUGAAGGGAGCCUACUACAAGCUGGUUACCACGGGAGCGCCCAUCAGCUAACCGCCCCGGGAAGCGGGAGCCAAUGAGCAAGGCAGCGCAGGGAAAGUGGCGUUACUGUGGUGCAGCGAGCGGGACAGGGACUGGAGAGAUGCCAUUUACAAAGCACUGUGGAAGAGGAAAGUGCACCUGCUCACUCGUACACUAUUUAUUUGCAAGGAGUCAGAGAAGCCAAGUUGUGCUACUUUACUCAUACAUGGGCAGCAUUAUUGCCGUGUUUGGUCAGCGAGUUCAGAAGUUCAUUUAAGUUUAGUAGCUGUAGAGCGUAAACAUAAUUUUAAGGGAUCUGUAUUUUUCAUUGCAUUGUUAGAAUACUUCUACACACAUCGGACAGCUGUAAAUACUGAUUGAGAAUCACAUGCAUUUUAUUAUUAUUACAGAAUAAUAAUCAUAGAAUAAUAUUCUCUAAUUGCACAUCUGAACAAUUACAUCUAUUAACCAGUUUAAUUCUUUAACUUUUUCUGUUAUAUGCUUUUUAUGCAGGCUUUUAUUUUGUUGGGUUGUAAUUGCAGACUGCAUUAAAGCUGCUUGUUUUGUG